AUGUCAACAGAUCAACAUACGAUGUCAUCUGGACAAGUUUCUGCCGAGAAGGCGGCGGAAAUUGGCCGUGAGACUGAUGCUCCUCAAGUUGAACGAAUGCCCAAGCAUGUUGUCAAUGCCGAUCCAGACGAGGCCUUGAAGCUCGUGGCCGCGCAUGCAGGAGAAUCGAUUGUACUGACUCCAGAAGAACAGAAGAGGCUGCUUAGGAAGAUUGAUCUUCAUCUGAUGCCUUUCUUGUGCAUUGUGUACGGGCUAAACUACCUGGAUAAGACCACCUUAUCCUAUGCAUCGAUAGUGGGAUUCAAAACCGAUCUCAACAUAGGGGUAUCUGAAUAUAACUGGGUUGCAUCGAUCUUUUACUUCGGAUAUCUUGUAUGGGAAUGGCCCACAAACUGGCUCCUUCAACGACUCCCUCUAGCCAAGUACUCCGCAUUCAAUGUCAUCCUCUGGGGCUCACUCCUCACUAUCUUGGCCUCUGUAAAGAACUUCGCGGGUGCUCUCGCUGUACGGUUUUUCCUCGGCGCUGCCGAAGCCGCAGUCAGCCCAGGCUUUGUUUUAUUCACCUCCCAAUGGUAUACGACACCUGAACAAGGCACUCGUGUACCUUGGUGGUUCAGCUUUAAUGGAUGGGGUCAAAUAGUGGGCGGCGUUGUCGCAUAUGGGAUCGCAACAGCAGACGACUCCCUUUCAAUUCACGGCUGGCAGUUAAUAUUCAUCGUUUUCGGAUUGUUUACGGUUCUGAUGGGUGUUGGGUUUCUAUAUUGGAUGCCCGACAGUCAACUCAAUGCACGGUUCCUGACAGAACAUGAGCGCCUUUUGGCCGUGGAGCGCAUACGUGUGAAUCAGCAAGGAGUGGGAAACAAGCAUUUCAAAUGGUACCAAUGCAAGGAGGCCUUCACUGACCCAUUGGUAUGGUCAUUCGUGCUGUUUUCCUUCUUUGCGAAUAUUCCAAAUGGCGGUAUCACGAACUAUUUUUCGCAACUAAUUGUCGCCUUUGGAUUCACCCCGAAGCAAUCACUGCUGUUAGGCGUGCCCGGAGGGGCAGUUCAGGUCAUAACUCUGAUUACAUUUGGACAUCUUGGGCGUAAACUCAACAAUCGGCUAUUGGUUAACCUUAUCGGCCCCGUACUCGCUAUCUUAGGAUUAUUUCUGAUCCGCUUCCUGCCGACCGAACUCAAGGGUGGACGACUCGCGGGAUACUACUUGUACUCAUCUGGAUCAACUGGCUUUGUCUGUAUACUGAGUCUUAUCUCGUCUAACAUCGCCGGAUGGACCAAAAAGACUACAGCGGCGGCUAUGUACCUUAUUUCGUACUGUGUUGGCAAUCUCAUUGGCCCUCAGGUCUUUCGACCAGGUGACGCACCUACAUACUACACUGCAAUCACAGUUAUCUUGGUAUCGUAUAUUCUGGCAGUGUUGACCAUGGUUUUUAUCUACAUUUGGUGUAGAAGACUAAAUGCUAUUAAUGCGGCUGUUAGAGCAGCACCUGGUUACACCAAGGUUGAAGAUCAAGAGUUUAUGGACCUCACGGAUCGUGAGAACCCCGAGUUCGUAUAUGAAUUAUGA